AUGCCUAGCUCUACUAAAUUACUUCCUGCACCAGGAAUUGUGCUCAAGCAGCUGUUGAGGUGGCGUUUUACGGACCCCAGUCUGUCAGAUUUCAAAUACGCCAUGGAGAACACGACUGAAGACGUCAGCUUUGGCAGAGCGUUCGGCAAGAAGCAUUUCAUGUUCAAGCCCGGCUAUGUGCACUUGAACCAAGGAUCUUACGGCGGCCACCCAGGGCAAGUCAGGGAUGCUCUACGCUUGAUCCAAGACGAAGUUCAAGCAGAGCCUGGCGGCUUUGUGUACGAUACGUCUACCCAAAGCGGCUGA